AUGCAGAGCAAGUUCACGAUUCAGACAAGAGUAGGCAUAUACUUAUCAUAACGAGAAAAAUACAGAUUUAAAUGUUCAUUUUCAAUUUAAAGAAAACAUGGCUUCGUCGGAAACAUCUUCAUUGAAAUCGUUUUGUAUAGUUACAGGGGCAAGCAGAGGCAUUGGUCGUGCCAUUGCUAUCGCCUUGUCUAGCAAAUUUUCUGCGGAAUCUCAUAUAGUUUUGACAGGACGGUCUGUCGAUGCAUUGAACGAGACACAGCGGAUGGUACAGGCCGCUGCUCCAGGCGUCCACUGCAAGGUUGUCAUCGCUGAUCACUCGGAUGAGGGUAAUAUUUCCAGCAUUCUUUCCGAGAUCACGAAGGACGUCAAUCCGGAUGAGUUUCAGCGUUUUCUUCUCAUCCACAACGCCGCUAGUUUGUGGGAUGUGUCACGGUAUGCUGGGCAGUUGACCACGUCUGAUCUGAGAAGUUUGCAAGACUUCUGUAUGCUGAAUAUCACUUCAGCGCUACUUCUAACCUCUCAUUAUCUGAAGACAUUUCCUCAGAGAAAUGGAGUGUCCAGAACGAUCGUUAAUAUAUCAUCACUCGCUGCUUCGGUACCGUUCCCCGGUUGCUCCGUAUACUGCAUGGGAAAGGCUGCCAGACACAUGCUCUUCAGGACCAUAGCCCUAGAGGAACCCGGUGUCCGGUUCUUGAACUAUGACCCAGGUGUGGUGGAUACGGUGAUGUUUAGAGACUUAGCCACCAACAAUGUCAGUCUGGAUGCCAAGCAGAUGAUGGAGAGGCUUGAAACCGAUCAGCAAUUGCUCAAACCGGAUCAAACCGCCGCAAUGCUGCUCAGCAUCUUGGAGAAGGAUGCGUUUGAGUCUGGCGCUCAUCUGAGUUAUAGCGAUGAUUUUGCGAAGACAUUCGAUGAUUUUAAUAAGAAAUAAGUAAUUUGAACUCUGAGUAUUACAUUUCAAAGGGCUUAUCAGAACACCGACAUACCUAAGUAUAUUCAGUGGCGGAUCCAGGGGGGCGUGGGGGCCCGGGCCCCCUUCCCUGGGGAAAAAAUACAGUUAAAAACAUGUUAAUGUUACCUUUUGGGGGGAGAUGGGC